AUGAUGACACAGGGCUACAGCUUUCUGACUAGCGAACUCAUCCGAUCCUGUCCCCUGAUCGAAUGCAUUGUAAUUCAUCAUUUCUUCUUCGGUGAAGAUGAAGAGUCAAUCUUCGAAGCCUUAGCAAGUCGGCAGCGGAUCCAAGAAUUUUCAACCACUGGGCAUUGGUCAAACCGUCCCGAGAAGGGUCUCAGCUGGCGAAUCGAUGAGGCCAUCGAUCGUUUACUCUCAAAGUGGAAAUUUCUACAUACAAUCGACUUUAGGAUACUAUCGGGCCCGCAAAUCGAGACGGAGGAGUCAACGAUUCCCCCGGCGAUACCAAUCUUGAAUCAUGCCUUACGAUCAGUUGUCUUGACAGAGCCGGACUUGGACGAAAUCGAACUCUCGUCGAUUUUAAAGAGUUCUGCAAAGAGCUUGUUUACGCUCAAAAUCUUAUGUCCAACCUCAAGGCUCGACCGGCCCGGCUUAUAUCGAACCCUAACAGAGUGCACCAACCCUGGUUUGAAAUCUUGA